AUGGACUCUACGUACCAAGGAGCUGGGGACAAGGACGACAGAAUCAUCCUCGUGCAGUUCGAUGAGGGGGACAAGGAGAACCCAAUGAACUGGAGCAAGCCCAAGAAGUGGUUGAUGACUUCGCUUCUGUGCUCGAUGACGCUGGCUAUUGGUCUAUCGACGACGGCUUACAGCAGUGGUAUCGGCACCAUGGUUGCCGAAUUUGGUGUCUCCAACGAGCUCGGACAGCUCGGCCUCUUCAUGUUCAAUGCCUCGUGCGCCAUUGCUCCCCUCUUCUUCGCUCCUUUCUGCGAGCUCACGGGUCGACGCGUCGUCUAUGUGACCGCCUUUGGCCUAUUCAGCGUCUUUACCCUCAUGCUCGUCUUUGGAGAGAACAUCGCCACGAUCCUUCUGGGCCGUUUCUUCCAGGGUGUCACCGGAUCUAUAGGCACCAUCCUUGUUGGUGGUACGCUCGCCGACCUCUUCGACGAUGACGAGCGCUCUAUCCCCACGUCCAUCUUCACCUUUUCCGCCAUUGUCUCCACGGUGGGUGCGCCCCUCUAUGCCAACUACAUCGACCAGUACCUCGGCUGGCGCUGGAUCCAGCGCGUCAUGAUCUGCUUCACAGGCGCCGUCUUCAUCCUCGAGGCGGUCCUCUUCCGCGAGACGAGGGGCAGCGCUAUUCUCACCACCAGGGCAAAGAAGCUGCGCAAGGACACUGGAGACAUGCGAUUCCGCUCUCCUGCUGAAGUUGAGAACCAGGGGAUCGCCCAGCUCUUCAGAGAGUCGAGCCUGCGUGCCGUCACCCUGCUCAUUCGCGAGCCCGUCGUCUCCCUCUUCGGUGCCUACCUCGCUCUCGCCUGGGGAGUCAUCUUCCUCUUUCUCUCGGUCAUCAAUAUUACCUUUGGCGACAUCCACGGCUGGAGCGAAGGAAACGUUGGCUUGGCCUACAUCCCGCUCAUCCUGGGCUGCUUCAUUGGAUUCGGCACAGGGCUGUUCCAGGAUCACCUCUACUUCCGCAAGAAGGCUGAGAACAAGGGCGUCGCCGUCCCCGAGGCUAGGCUGUACGGUGCUAUGAUCUUCUCCCCUCUCUUCGCCAUUGGCAUGUUUAUCUUUGCCUGGACUGGCUACCGUGCCGACAUCUCAUACUGGGGUCCUCUCGUCGGCCUGUGCCUCAUCCUCGUAGGCAUUUACCACGUCUUUCUUGCUGUGUAUUCGUACACGGGCGACGCUUAUCAGGAGCUGGGCAGCUCUGCCAUCGCUGGACAAGGUUUGAUGCGCAACAUGUUUGCAGCGGUCACCCCGCUCUUCGCGACACAGAUGUUCAACGGCAUGGGCGUGCAGUGGGCUGGCACGCUCCUUGCUAUCCUCGCUCUCAUCUUGGCUUUCCUGCCUUUCAUCCUAUUCGCCAAGGGAGAGACGAUCCGAGCCAAGUCCAAGUACGCCUCUUCACAGACUGGACUCUCGGACAAGAGGGCGCAAAGCGGGGAUGAGGAGAAAGCUGGUGGCAAGGCUGAAGAGGGAAAAGCGGCGAGUGAGGCGAGCCAGUAA